AUGGGAACUGGCAGCUGCGGCCAGCGUGGACUGGGAGGGGUUCCACUUCCGGGAACAGUGGCAAGUUGGACUAACGGAUCGGACGAAGCGGUCGUGUUUCCAGACGCCAUUGUGUGGGAUGCGUCCUUGGUGCAGCGCGUCGUGCCUUUGUCGGUCAUCAUGUUCUUCACGCUGGCAGGAAACGCCGCCAUAGUUGCCGUGCUGGCUCGGCCCAGAGCUGCCAAGCGUGCUUCGCGUGUAAACCUGUUCAUCCUACACCUGGCCAUCGGAGACCUGGCAGUCGGUCUCUUCACGCAGUCAUCCGAAAUGCUUUUCGAGAUCUCAGGCGGCUGGGUGCUGGGAGGCCCCGCUUGUAAGGCCGUGGUGUACGUGCAAAUGGUCACCCUGGCCUCGACCACGUUCAUCUUGGCCUCGAUGAGCUACGAUCGCUACGCCGCCAUCUGUCGACCUCUUGAGUCACGUUCGGGUCUGCGGCGCGCCAAGGCUAUGGUGGCGGUCUCUUGGGCGUUGGCCUUUCUGCUUGCAUUGCCGCAACUCUUCAUUUUCGUGCAGGUACAGACAGGCGUGACCACGUCUGGCCGUCCUCAUUACGAGUGUCUCAGCGUCGGAUACACUAGUCAUUGGCAGAGACAGCUGUAUUUCUCCUGGCUCACCCUGUACAUUCUUGUGGCGCCGGGCAUUCUAAUCUCGGCCUGCUACCUGCGGCUCUUACGAGCUGUGUGGGCGGCAUCUGGCUCGGAAGGCGGCAACUGUCUCGUCUCUACAAGCAAGUCAUCGCAGAGAAGCAAGGACAGCGAUAAAGCCAACGGCAAGUCGUCACCGCCCUUGCUCCGUCGAUGCGGUCAGGGAAAUCCACUCCUGCCCAGGGCGCGGGCGAAGACACUUAAGCUUACGGUGUGCAUCAUAGCAAGCUUCAUGCUCUGCUGGAUCCCGUACUUCGCGGUGCACAACGUACGCAUCCACAGCCACUACUGCAUCAAGGUGCCACGUGCCGCCAUCGUCUUGGCCGAAACGGCGGCCCUGCUCAACAGUGCCGUGAACCCGGUGUUCUACGGGCUCUUCAACGUGCACAUACGCCGCGGUAUCUGCGACAUCCUCCCCUGUGGUCGUCGUCGUCGUGGUCGGGGGUGCAGCGGUCGCGAUUCGACCACGCGUUAUCCUACUGGCCUUCUCACGACGACGUCGUUGGCGCCCGAUGCCGGUUCUGUAAACAGCCUCGCACCGACGAGCAAAGCGCGCUGCCACCAAAGUGGUCGACCCUGUGGCAGCGUCACAAAGAUACCGAUGGUCGCCAUUAACGGGAACACUGUUGUGGCAUCUCACGUGUGACCAACGUCCACCGACGUUCGCUCGUCCAAACAAGUUAUCUGGUGGCUGUGCGCACACGAAAACCAGGAUUGGAGCAUUCGGAAUAAGUUUUUUGCUCACGCUUGUCUUCUCUCAUCUGCUUCGUAAAUAAACUCUCAAACAAUUUAGGUAAUACUUACAGCAUACAAAGCUCAGUGAAGAGAGCCCGAAUACGUAAAGUGCAGCAGUGGUUAUUCGAAGCCGCUGAUCACACUCAACCGAAUAAUUUGGUCUUUCUCAACGUAGAACAUGCUUUUAAACUUUCCCAUUUCCUUUAGUUUGCUUACCGCAUGAGCACAUUUAGCUAAGUUCUCUGUGAAUUCUACAGGUGACUGAAAAGUGUUCGCAUAUUUCGCCUUACAUGUUGCGUGAUGUGACUGGAUGAACACGACUGUAUCUCGUCGUAAAUCAGGUUGUUAUCACCCUGGCGCCAUUAAUGCAAAUGUUAUAAUCUGGAAAAAAAUCGUGAAUGAAACUCAAGUGUGAAACUACCUUAAGCUUGUCUCUGAGGUGGGCGCUGCUUGCGUGUGUUGUCCCCGUGGGUUCAACAACAACAACAACAAAAAAAAAAAAAGCUCUGAGCCUGCAUUUCGGAACCUGCGGCAUACGAUGGUAUAAAGAGAAGUGCGUUCAAAACGUACAGUUCCGGAACCAUUUUUCUGGCACCCACAUUUUGCUUUGAUGACGUUUCAUAUGUCACCCCAUCUGUGCAACCUUAGAUGGGCUACCUGCUCAAGAAGUUAUUCCGAACGCUUGUGUACUGCUGUUAUUGCCUUCUACAUAGGUCGCACCUGUUGAACCAUUGUCAAAUGUCACUUCGAUGUGCUUAAGUGCGAUUCGAUUCUGUCAGAUCGUCUUCCUGUUUUGAAUAAGAACCCAUUCGCCAUUUCAAGUGUCACCAUUACGAAAGAAAACAUCAACAAAAGUUGACAUGUACAUUUCAUAUGACAAUAAAAGUGAUUACAAUAAA